AUGUCCAUUGACCCGGCCUUUGCCCGCCUCGAGAACAUGCAAAGGAACCGCUACAAGUACUUCCGGUGGAACAGAAAGACAGCCUUCGUCUCGUUCAUGUACAUCAUCGUAGUACCGAGUUUCGUGGCGUACCUGGGCUACGCGACCGACGGCCUAUGGGAGCUGCGUGGGAAGCGGAGGGGAAACCCGAUUUCCGAGCGUUAA